AUGAAUAAUGAAAUCAUCUCUUUUGCAAUCAAUCAACAAUCGUUUAGCUGAUUAUCAAUUCAAUUUUUUUUCGUCCUCUUCUUCGCUAACGAUUCGUUUGAAUUUCUCAGGAAAAUUGUUUCAACUGUAUUAAUGAUCAUUGAUUCUUUGCAUAUGAUGUGAAUUAUUAAUAAUCAAUUAUGGAUCAUACACAGAAUACAAAUAAUAAUAAUAAUAAAACGAGCGAAAAAUCAUUGGAAGCAUUAGAUGAAUCAUAUCAAAUAUUUUUGAUAAUUUUAUAUUCAUUCACUGCUUGUUUUGCAUUCAUAUCGAAUCUAUUGACAAUAAUUGUCAUGUGGAAAGGAAAACGUUGUACACGUGAUCUAAGAAAAUUUCUAAUCAACCUGUCCAUUGCUGAUUUAUUGAUGGCAAUGUUUACUAUACCAUUUACAUAUACAUAUUAUAUGUUUGGCCAUUGGAUAUUUGUCCCAUCAAUGUGUUCAAUUGUUAAUUUUGCUCAAUUAACAACAAUCACUGUCAGUAUUUAUACAUUGGUUGCCAUCGCUAUUGAUCGUUAUAUGGCCAUAAUGCAUCCAUUGAAAAAAUCAAAAUCAUGGUUCAAACGUCAUCGUACAUUGAUUGUCAUUUUAAUUUGGUUAUCCGGAUUAUUAUUAGGUUUAUUACAAUUUUUUGCUUCAGAAACAAAAACAUUUAUACAUAAUCAACGUGAAUAUAUAUCAUGCGAUGAACGUUGGAAACCAGAAUCAAUGGAAGGUAAACUUUAUACGGCGUUUAUAUUUGCAACAACAUUUGCAUUGCCAAUGUUAGCACUUUGUAUUAUUUAUACGGCAAUGGGUUGGAAAUUAUUUCGUUAUCGUGGACCUGAACAGCAGCAGCAAAAUUUUGUUUGGACAAAAAUUUUGAUAAGAAAACAACAUGUACUACUACUAUGAGAAAAGCAGCCGUGUUGACAAAUAAAUUGAAUAAUAAUGCUAAUGAUGAUGAUGAUGAUGAUGUAAAUCUAGAAUCUGAAUCAAUAAUUAUCAAGAUUUCUGAAACAAAUGUUCCUGAAAUUAAAAAAUUAGCAACAACAAAACAACAAGCAGAUGAUCAU